AUGGAGUGCUUUUUCACAGGUGCGAAUGAGGACUUGAUACCUUCUCCGGUAGACAUUCUUAGGUGUCCGUUUUUGAAGAACAUUAAUGAGCCCACCAGUUUUUCCUUCUCCUCGAUGUCAUCCAUGGCUUUCAGGAUGCCGGCACUUGCAGCCGGCAAAGGUCCAAUUUUCGAAGAUGGUUCCAAUUUUGAAAUAGCUUUUAAGCUUUUCCAUGGGAGUGAUGGAGUAGUCCCUCUCUCUGAGAAAAUUGAGCAUCAACCAGCCCCACGCAUGUUUAAUCCAGUAGCUGCAAAGGCAGCUAGUAUCAGCCUCUCAUCCUUUGGACCUGGAGGACUCUUCGGUUUUGAUGCAUUCUCAGAGAAGUGGAAGAAAAUGCAGAAGAAGUCGGAUUCCUCCAGAAAAGGGUCUUCUUCUUCAAAGGGAGGAAACCCUAAUCACGACGCAUCGAGUAACGAAUGGCUGCAAAGUGGAAACUGUCCGAUUGCAAAGUCAUUCCGUGCCGUUAGUGGUGUCGUUCCACUUGUUGCAAAGGCUUUGCAGCUCCCUCCAGGCAGGAAAGUUAAGUGCCCAUCAGCAAUAGUUGCAGCUCGAGCAGCUCUGGCAAAAACAGCUUUUGCAAAGAACCUCCGCCCACAACCUUUGCCUGCAAAAGUGCUUGUGAUUGGAGCAGUGGGAAUGACGGCCAAUGUUCCUUUGGGGAUAUGGAGGGAGCACACCAAGAAAUUCUCUCCAUCUUGGUUUGCAGCUGUGCAUGCAGCUGUUCCAUUCUUAGCCCUACUACGAAAGUCUGUGUUGAUCCCUAAGUCAGCUAUGGCGUUUACCAUUGCAGCAUCUAUAUUAGGACAAGUGAUUGGGUCCAGAGCAGAGCGCUACCGUCUCAAGGCACAGGCGGCGAAUAACUUGGGUUUAAUUGAAACCUCUGUUCAGAUCAAGAAGACUGAAACCUCUGUUGGUGGUAUGAUGACAAGCCAGUUCCAGGCUGUUGAAGCCAAGUUUGGCCAUUGCACUGGGAUUGAGGAACGGAAUUCACUUGCUUUUCUUCGUCAACCAAUGUUUUCUGCUAUUAUUCUUGUCUAG